AUGGGCAAAUAUCUAACUCAGCUACCCUGGUACUAUCUAUCUAUCUAUCUAUCUAUCUAUCUAUCUAUCUAUGUCCAUUCUUAUCUAUCUAUCUAUCUAUCUAUCUAUCUAUCUAUCUAUCUAUCUAUCUAUCUAUCCUUUUUACUUAAUAUGUCUUCUUUCUUCUUUCAUUUCCGUGACCCUUUCUUUUUUCCUUUGAAUGUAAACAUUUCUUUGUUUGUUUACUUGUUUGUUUGUUUGCUUCUUUCUUUCUUUCAAUUCGUUUCGAAUAAGCUUUAUUUUUCCCUGUUGGCUUUUCGUAUCUGCUUUCUAUUUACUUUACGUGUAAAGACUUCUUUUUCAUAUUCCUUUACAUCUUUUUUAACUUUUCUUAAUUUCUUUUUUUCUUUCUUUCUCAUCCUAAUCUUUUCUUUCUUUCUUUCUUUCUUUCUUUCUUUCUUUCUUUCUUUCUUUCUUAUCCUAAUCUUUUCUUUUUCUUUCUUUCUUUCUUUCUUUCUCAUCCUAAUUUUUUCUUUCUUUCUUUCUUUCUUUCUUUCUUUUUUUUCUUUCUUUCUUUCUUUCUUUCUUUUUUAA